CCAACAGACCUGUUGGGACAAGAAGAAACUGCCGCAGGGUUUUUGAAGACCAUGAAUCAGGACUGACUCAUAUUUUAGGCUACCAGCAGCUAUAUAAGUCACAGAGACUAACAAGUAUGUCAGAAUUUGGAGAAGCUCCAGUUGAGAGACAUGAACUUCAGAGGUUUGGUUCUGCUGACCCUGGUGGUUUCUCUGUUCCUGGGGUCUGGGUUGGGACAGAGAGGGGACAAUGACUGGAUGAAAGCUCAGGAAAAGCUCAUGGUUCGACUCCAGAACGAACAGAAAGAUGCGGAACAGCAGCAGCAGAGUGAUCUGGAUGCUCUGGAGGUGAGACUCAACGCCACGGUGGACGACCUACGCAGACAGAAGGUUGAAGUGGAAACACUGAAGAAAGAGAACCAGGAUCUGUUAAUACGACUGAUUUCCUCAGAGCAGGAGAUCCAGAAACUGAAACAGUUUGUUGAAAAAGUUGGUCCUCGUGUCGCCUUCUCGGCGUCUUUGGCGCCCUCUGGUGAAAUCUACAAAGGGCCGUGCACCGACAAGACUCUAAUUUUCAGGAGGAUUUUCUCCAACGUUGGAAACGCUUACGAUCAUAACACAGGGGUGUUCACAGCACCGACCAACGGUCUCUACUACUUCACCUUCAGCACCUACGGCUACAGCACUCAUGCAGCGGGGGCAGUACUGGUGAAGAACGCGGUGCGUCAGAUUUCUACGUAUGACAGCCCCUCAACCGACGGUUCGGACAGCGGCAGCAAUGCCGCUGUUCUGCAACUGUCCACCGGGGACAAGGUCCACGUGGAGCUGUGGGAUAACGGUCAAGUGUUCGACAACCUGAACGGACACACAACGUUCAGUGGGUUUCUCCUCUUCUCUCUGUAGAUCACCGGACUGUAUUCGUGUUAUGUCCGACUCACGUAUGUCCUUCAAAUCUAACAAUGUUCUUGGAAUCUCGUAGUAUUUUGAUUUCAGGUAAAACUGCUGUGUCUCUGCCUUUGUUGGUUGAUGUUUUGCUACUAUCUAAAUAAUUCCAAAAGAUUACUUAACGAUCCACUUACAUUUAGGACAAAUGAUAGUGAGGAAAAAGUGUCACUUGUCAAGUCAAUACUGUUGAAUAAAUGCAUUUGAAAAACUAGUAUAUGCUCAAUUAAAAAAAUGAAAAGGCUAUCUUACAAAGUGGCUAACAACAUCAAAUACCAGUUUAAAAGACAGUUCAUCCUCGGCAUAUGUUAAAAUUUGCAAUAUUAAAACAAGACACGAGUACUUUAACAAAGUUAACCUUUAUUGAAAGUAUAUAAAACUUUAGUUUGAAGACACUCUGGCAACCAUGCGAAAUGUCACCAUCUUGUGUUCAAAAUGGGCAAUAACAUUUAACUAUUAUUUGAAUAAUUGUCUAACAUUUCUUGUAUGUAAAACCUUCAUCCAGGUGAAUUAUCAGUGUCAUUCACCAGAUACGUUUAUAAAGA